AUGUCAUUCACUACAUUUGACCCCCAUUUAUCGGCCCAACUUCACAACCAGAUCCUUAAACAGGCAUGGAUUGGGGCUGGACGGGAUGUCGCCUCGAUCCCGUCUAGAACUUGGUGGGAAGAGUUCUCGCCAAUUCCAUUCGAUCUCGCAUCCCGCCUGAAUCCGAACUUGGUCAGGUUCCUACGGUCGGCGAAGGCCACUAUAUUUGACCCUGAUUCAAAUUUUCAUCUCUUCUAUUACCUCGUAGCGCUUCAUGGAAAACAUGAACUUUUUGCUCCGGAAUCUUCACUCGGAUCGUGGGGUGAUCGUUAUGUGUGGCUAUAUCCCUCAACACGAACAAAGAGUGACGAAGAAGUCGGGAUAGUAUUCGAUCAAGAAACUGAGCUUGCCUCUUUUGUCCCAGUCUGGGAAGAUAUGAUCUGGUCUGAUAGGGAACGGUGGCCAUGGCGGCCAUUACAAAACAUUCUGAAAGCCUAUCUAGACAUGUUGGAUGAGGGCAAAAUUACAACAUAUUCGGAUCGUCGAAAGGAAUCUGUGGAUCAUUUUUUUGGAGUAUUCCCUUGGGAGAUUCACCAAUAUACCCCAAUGGAUGUGGAGAGGGCAGUCAGUGCCUUUACUCGUCUUCUUGAUGCUAUCGAGAUUCGACUUCCAUCAACUUUGAUACAUUCGACGUAUGAUUGUGGAAUAGCUCUCCCAUACUCCGAACUGGUUAUCAAGGCAUCUUUCAUAGAAACGGGCUCGUUUAUCGAAUGUUUUCUCUCGGCUCUUCCCAUCCGGCGUCUCGCCUUUCGCUAUAUUGCCCCCGGUAUUCGACUCCAAAAUCCGGUCGAAUUUACAAAUCAACCACUUGCCGAACGUCAGAUUCCAGGCUUGCAUAAUACCGACCAGGCGAUACCAUUAUACCCUCUACUCUUAUUUCGAGGGGAGAGGGAGAACAAGUCGCCCUUGAAUCGGCCCUGGUUUCCUGACGGAAGGGCAGAGAACAUUCCAUCUGGUUUGUACAUAGAACCAACCGACAAAAAUCUCAACUGGCAAUCUGGUAACCAGAGUCGACUCCUGCUGCCCUUCAGCAUUGGAAGCAAUGGGUUUGCUCGAGGUAGCAAUGGUAUACCAUUCAAAAAUGCUAGGUUUCCGGGAACCGAACGGCCUGAUCAACUUUACCAGGCAGACCUUUUCAGUGGCUAUAGUGGUUAUUUACCUUGGGAUUCGCGUAGCUCAUAUCUACACAAAGUUUUAGAAAGCUGGGCUGAACGGGUGGAAAUGGGUGAUUGGCAAGUGGACCAAGACGGCGUUGUCGGUGGUAUUGACAAGUUCAAAGAGGCUGAUACUGGAGAACAUUGGAGAGAAUAUUUUAUUCCUUGUGGGGGUUUCCAGAGCAAGAUGACUAAGCGGCUAUGUGGCAUAAAAGCACUCCCGAGGCCUAGAUAG